CCCGCCUCGUCACAAGGCCGCGCUGCGUCUCCAGAACCGCAGGGGCAGGCCCAGCGGAACCGGCCGCCGAGCGGUUGCGGGCGCGGGCGCAGCGGCCAUCGACCGCGCGGCCGCACCGCGGACACCGUGCGCACCGUCCCGAGGCGCCCCCGCGCGUGGGGGAGACCACAGAACCCGAGGCCAUGCCCCACGAAAAGAGUUUCUUGGUGUCCGGAGACAGCUAUCCACCCCUAAACCCUGGAUAUCCUGGGGGGCCCCAGCCCUCCAUGCCUCCUUACCCUGGAGUCCCUUACCCACAGCCCCCGUUCCAGGCUGCCCCCUAUGGCCAGCCAGGUUAUCCCCAGGGCCCCAGCUCCUACCCCCAGGGGGGCUACCCUCAGGGCCCCUACCCGCAGGGGGGCUACCCUCAGGGCCCCUACCCGCAGGGGGGCUACCCUCAGGGGCCAUAUCCACAGAGCCCCUUUCCCCCCAACCCCUACGGACAACCACAGGCCUUCCCGGCACAGGACCCUGGCUCACCUCAUCCUGGGAACUAUCACGAGGAGGGGCCCCCGUCCUACUAUGACAAUCAGGACUUCCCUGCCGCCAACUGGGAUGACAAGAGCAUCCGCCAGGCCUUCAUCCGGAAGGUAUUCCUGGUGCUGACCGUGCAGCUGUCUGUGACUCUGUCCACUGUGGCCGUGUUCACGUUCGUCAGGGAGGUGAAGGGCUUCGUCCAGGAGAACGUAUGGACCUACUACGUCUCCUAUGCCGUCUUCUUUAUCUCGCUCAUCGUCCUCAGCUGCUGUGGGGACUUCCGGCGAAAGCACCCCUGGAACCUCGUUGCACUGUCAGUCCUGACCGUCAGCCUGUCCUACAUGGUGGGCAUGAUCGCCGGCUUCUACAACACCGAGGCCGUCAUCAUGGCUGUGGGCAUCACCACGACCGUCUGCUUCACGGUCGUCAUCUUCUCCAUGCAGACACGUUACGACUUCACCUCGUGCAUGGGCGUGCUCCUGGUGAGCAUGGUGGUGCUGGUCAUCUUUGCCAUCCUCUGCAUCUUCAUCCGGAACCGCAUCCUGGAGAUUGUGUACGCCUCGCUUGGCGCUCUGCUCUUCACCUGCUUCCUGGCAGUGGACACCCAGCUGCUGCUGGGGAACAAGCAGCUGUCCCUGAGCCCGGAAGAGUACGUGUUUGCCGCGCUGAACCUGUACACGGACAUCAUCAACAUCUUCCUGUACAUCCUCACCAUCAUCGGCCGUGCCAAGGAGUAGCCCAUGCGGGGCGCCACUCAGCUGGUGUGGCUGCCCUGGCUUCUGGCCCCCGGCCCCGCUGGCAGUGCUGUCAGUGUCUCCUCUCCCCCAUCCCCGGGCCCGUCAGACCUCGUGUGUGUACACUGCAGAUACUCCUGUUCAUUCCCGCUCUGGCCAGCACAGCCCCUCCAGCCCUCA